GAUGUGCUGUCAGUUCCAAUUUGGAUUUUAACUUUUGUGUUUGCAUACGUACCACAGGCAAUUAUUAUAAAAAGGUGAACUAUUUCUGAUCUACAAACGAAAACAAAAAAUUUAAUAAAAAUUAAAAAUGUGUUUUGGAUGUGCUUCAUCUGGUCCAACUUCAGCAUGGGUGCAUACCACACAACCCAAUCAUGUUAUAGUUCAAGAUAGACCAAUUUAUGAUGGUGUCGGAUGUUCAUCUACUAUUAUUUCAACUCAUCCUACUUAUAAUACUGGAUUAGGUACAACAAUUAUAUCACAACCAAGUGUGGGAAUUGGUGUUGGUUUAGGUUUAGGUUCAACAAUUGUUUCAACACCAAGUUAUGGUAUUGGUGGUGGUAUGGAUGCAACAAUUAUUUCAACACCAAGUUAUGGUUAUGGUGGCGGCAUAGAUGCAACAAUAAUUAAUCAACCAAGUUAUUGUGGUGGUGGUGGUCUUGAAACAACAAUAACUUCAACACCUAGUUUUGGUGGAGGUUUUCAGGAAACAAUCAUAAGUGAACCAAGUUUUGGUGGUGGUGGUUUUGAUGCAUCUAUAAGUGUUGAACCAAGUUAUUUUGGUGAUGGUGGCUUUUCAGCAGAAAUUUCAUCAUAUCCAAGUGAUUACUAAAAAAAAAAUUAAAAGUAAUUUUUAACAAUUUUGAAUUAAUUUAGUAAAUUUUAAUUUAAUUUAUUAUUAUUUUUAAAUAUUGUUAAUAAUGGUAAGAAAAUUUAAUAGACAAUGUCAAUUUGAUUUUUUUUUUUUUGAAUAAGCUUGUAUUAUAAUAAGUAGUGUGCUCAGUUGUGCUAAGUCAAAUAAUAAAAAAAAAAAUAUUAUUAAAUUUAUAUUAGAUAAAGUUAUAAGAGUAAAAAAGAGUAAACUCUAGAAAUAGAAGUUUUCUAAAAAAACAAUAUGUGUAGUGUUUGUAAUCAUUAUCAAUGGUCAUUUAAUAGGAAAGGAGUGAACAUAUCUAUAAACAUAGAUAACACAUCAUUCGAUUUUAUUUUUAAAAUUGAAGUGUUCGAUUGUUUAUUUUCAAUCAGAAAUCAUUACAAACAUCGAACCUAAAAAUUCAUCAGAAUAGGUGAAAACAAAUUUUAAAUUUUUGUCCUACAAAUCUCGAAGUUCAAAAUUUAAAUAAAUAAAAAUAUAUAAAAUAUUUCUUUUUAUUAACACAGUUUGUUAUGGUAGGGGUAUAGCCCGGUUUCGGUUUUCAUUCAUAAAAUUAUUUCUAAGAAAUACUAAGUGUGUAUUGUUAUAAAAACAAUUAAAAUAUAUUUCAUAUAUAAGUUAAAACAUUUUUAUAUUUUCACAACUCAUGAGCAAAUCAUAUUUAUUUUAAUAAUGUAAAAUCACAAGUCGGCUCUCAAAUAAAAACGUGAGCAUGUUUAUUAUUUUGAAGUGCUCUCAAUUUGCUCAUUUAAUUUACUUUUAAAAUAUUUUGUACUCAUUUUAUAUUUUUAUUUCUUACAAGAAGUUCUAAUUAACCUAAUUUAAUUAUAAUACUUUUAUCUUAAUUUGAUUUCAGUGCUUAGAA